CUCAAUCACAUCAUCAUCAAUAACUUCAGAGCCUUUACAGCUUUACUCAUAAUUAAAAGAUGGAGAUGCAAAGUAAUUGCGACUUGGAACUUCGCCUUCUUCCUCCUCCUUGUGAUCCAAGCACCUCAGAAAAUCUACAACCAAAGCAAGAAUCUGAGAAAAUGGUUAUUUUCUACAACGGCCACGUAUAUGUUUCUUCAGAUCUUAUCCAUCUCCAGGCAAAAGCUAUACUAUCACUAGCGAGUGGAGACAUGAAAGAGAGACCAUUAUCAUUCGAAAGUUCAGACGGUUCGGAUCCUUCAACAAUCCCUAACAUUUUGACCCGAAAGGCCUCCAUGAAGAGAUCUCUUCGUAGUUUUCUUCAAAAACGGAAUGUUCGGAUCCAGGCUUCUUGUCCUUACCAACAUUCUCGAUAAUUUUUGUUUAUUAUUUUUCAGUUAUUUUUAUGUUAAGACAUUGCGCUAGCACAGAUUUUUUUGGUUUAUACGGAUUGAUUUUCCGUGUUCUUGACGGAUUAUACAAAUACUUGAAUUGUUGAAGAGUUA